AUGCGGUGCAGGAAAGAUGCUGCUCUCGGUAAAUCCGGCCGUAAUAACCCCUCCGGCCCCAGACCGGUAGGACUGCGGAAAAGCCAUGCUAACCAUAAGGAAGAGGGGACCUGUUUUAUAGGGAGCAAGAGACAGUUAACGCAGAACCACUCCCAGACCAAGUGCCUUCAAAGUGUCCUGAAGGAAGUGGAACUCAUCCGGAGCUCCAGGGAUGGGCAAAUUGAAGAAGCAAUUAGAUUCAAUCAAGAGCUGGAAAGAGAGCUGAAGAGCUCUCAGGAGGCUCUGGUCAAUCUGGAAGACUGCAACCGUAACCUCAAGAGGGAACAAGCAGAAAUGAGGAAGAAGGUUGAAGAGGCGAGACACGCCGUCCUUAACAGUCUUGGCAAAGUGAAGGAGCUAGAAGUGAAAGCUAACCAAGUGCCACAUCUGCAAAUAUACAUUCAGCAGCUGGAAUCGGAACUGCAGCACUAUAGGUCAGAAAUGGUGAAAUUCCAGCUUCCCCCCAGAAGCAGCCCAGAGCAGAAGGAGAGAGCAGCCUUACCAAAUGGAAGAUACUGCCUGCCUGUUGUGCAGCAAGAUCGACGGUCCCCCACUGGCGGAGCUGGGAUUUCUGAGAACGAUGACCAGCUGUUCCGUUCCGUGGAGGGCCAGGCUGCCUCUGAUGAGGAGGAGGAAAAGUGGGCAGGAGACCAGCCAUCCCAGGUGAACCAGAUGAAGAAAAUACUGGCCAAGCUCCCUUGCUGUGGCAGCGGAUGCGAUGAAAAAACGUGGAAAAGGCUAAUGUCUGUCUUGGAGAGCACCAAUACUGAUGGCUAUGAAACGGCCCCCACGGAGCUUGCAGAGAGAAUCACCCAGCUAACUGAACAGCUUGAGCUUAAAGGGCAUGAAGUGAAGAAACUGGAAACCAAUAUGGAAGAGAUGAAAGGCCCAUUGCUAGGUGAGCUGCAGCACAAGGUGGAGGAGACCGAAUUGUUGAAGAUGGAGCUGCAGAUGUUGGAGACUGAAAGAGUUAGGCUGUCACUGGUGGAAGAAAAGCUCAUGGACGUUUUACAGCUUCUUCAACAACUUCGAGACUUGAACAUAUCUAAGCGAGCCUUGGGGAAAAUCUUGCUGAGCACUUUGGAAUCCUGCCGUGACCCCCAACCUGGAAAAGCUCACCUAUUUGAAGUCCUAGAUACUCUGUACCACGAGCUGACAGCCUGUGAACUCUUGCAAAGCCAGCCUCUGGAGAAGGUGCAGAGUCGCCAGUCCUUGUCUAACCCACUGGUCAUCUCGUGCUGA